CGCUGGACCAGACCUUUUUGUCUUGACCUACUGCCUGGUGGUUACCUCGUCAUUACUUCCCCAUCUUCAGUUCAUUCUCUACGACUGAUCAUCUUCGCUUUUCUUUUCGGAUUUGGUUCCCCCUCUUUCCUUUUUCUCUCGCCGUUUCCACCCUCAAUCUCCGCCCGACUGCUUAAAACAGGUUGCCUCUGACCGUUCGAGUGCGUGGAGGCACUUCUUUAUCCUAGAUGGACAGCGUCGCGGAUAAUGAGAUGCUCGUCGAUGAUUAUGAGCAGUAUCAAAAUGACAAAACCGACGAUGUCGUGGUCUCUCAGUCCGGUUCGGACGAACCGGAGUCGGAGCCUCUUGCAGAUGAUCAUGCGGCAAUGAUGGCUCGAGUGCUCCCCCAAGACCCGGACCUGGAAACCGAAGAUGAGGCGUGGCAUACAUGGCAUAUUGAGGACUGGAAGAAGUUGAAGAAGAAGGAGCAUGGGCCGGUGUUCCAAUGCGCAGGAUUCCCUUGGCGAAUCCUUUUCUUCCCGUAUGGAAACCACGCCGAUUAUGCAUCAUUCUAUCUCGAGCACGCCUGGGAAGAAGAGCCCCCAGAGAAUUGGUAUGCAUGCGUACAAUUCGCCUUGGUGCUGUCGAAUGUAAAUGAUCCAUCUAUAUAUGUGUCGCACUACGCGACACAUCGGUUCAACGCAGACGAGGGUGACUGGGGCUUUACCCGGUUCUACGAGCUGCGCAGACUCUUCACCAUGCCCUGGGAGGGCCGCGGUGUGCCUCUGAUCCAGAACGAAGAAGCCAACGUCACAGCCUACGUUCGCGUUGUCAAGGACCCGACAGGAGUUCUGUGGCACAGCUUCCAAAACUACGACUCGAAACGGGAGACUGGGAUGGUUGGCCUGAAGAAUCAAGGCGCAACCUGCUAUCUCAACUCCUUAUUGCAGUCCUUGUACUUUACCAACGCUUUCCGAAAGGCUGUUUAUCAAAUCCCCACCGAGAGCGAAGCGUCCAAGGACAACAGCGCUUGGACUCUCCAAAGACUCUUCUAUAACCUGCAAACCAGCGAGAACUCUGUCUCGACCACCGAGCUCACUGCAUCGUUUGGCUGGGAGUCUCGGCAAAUCUUCGAACAGCAGGAUGUCCAAGAAUUGUCGCGGAAGCUCAUGGAGAGACUGGAAGAGAAAAUGAAGGGCACGCCGGCCGAAAAAGCGCUCCCCGAACUGUUUGUUGGAAAAACAAAGACGUACAUCUCCUGCAUCAACGUCGACUAUGAGUCGUCCCGGGUGGAAGAUUUCUGGGAUAUUCAGCUGAAUGUGCGAGGCAACAAGACCCUGGACGACAGCUUCAAAGACUACAUCCAGGUGGAAACCCUCGAGGGGGAGAACAAGUACGAUGCCGGUUCGCCGUAUGGGUUGCAGGACGCCAAGAAGGGCGUCAUCUUCGAGAGCUUCCCCCCCAUUCUGCACCUUCAUUUGAAACGAUUUGAGUACGAUAUCCACCGAGACGCAAUGAUGAAAAUCAACGACCGACACGCCUUCCCCAUGGAGUUCGAUGCCACGCCUUACCUUUCCAACGACGCCGACAAGUCGGAACCGUGGAUCUACGAAUUGCAUGGCGUGUUGGUGCACAGUGGUGAUUUGAAUGCUGGUCAUUAUUAUGCCUUUUUGAAGCCUACCAAGGAUGGGCACUGGUAUCGUUUUGAUGACGACAGAGUGACCCGAGCCACCGACAGGGAGGUUCUGGAAGAGAACUACGGCGGCGAAUAUGAACUCGCCAACGGUGCCACCGGGGUCAGACAGCCGUACACCCGGGGUUUGUCCACCAAGCGUUCCAUGAACGCAUACAUGCUUGUUUAUGUCCGGAAGACGAAACUGGAUGAGGUGCUCUUACCCAUAACGAAGGAUGAGAUUCCGUCUCACAUUGAGACGAAACUCAUUGAAGACCGUGCUGAACUAGCCCGGAGGAAGAAAGAGAGGGAGGAGGCUCAUUUGUACAUGAGCGUCGGUGUUUUGACCGAAACGUCCUUCCAAUCGCAUCAUGGGUUCGAUCUCACAAGCAUGGACCUGCCGGCGGAUGAUCCCGCCGUGCCAAAGCACCACCGCAUUCUUCGAUCGACCAAGGUCGGCGAGUUUGCAACUUUGAUGGCGGAAGAAAAUGGCCUAGAUGUCAAUCGGAUUCGAUUCUGGGUAAUGGUGAACCGCCAGAACAAGACCACUCGCCCGGAUCAGGUCAUCAGAGACCCGGAAAUGACCCUCGAGGAGGCUUAUAGCAGAUUCGGUACCAAAGGAAAUGCCUUCAGGCUUUGGAUGGAAGUUGGCGAGCCCGGUCAAGAUGGCACCGUCUCAUGGCCGGAUAACAAUUCCGUCCUUGUUUUCCUGAAGAACUUCGACGUCCCAAGCCAGACGCUGUCCGGCGUGGGUGCCGUAUACGUCCGCAAGUCCCAGAAAGUGGCUGAUCUUGCGCCAACGAUACUUGAGAAGAUGGGAUGGCCUGCUGGCACGGAGUUUCUACUGUUCGAGGAGAUCAAACAUACUAUGAUCGAGCCUAUGAAGUCCAAGCAGACCUUCCAGCAGUCCGAAAUCCAAGACGGUGAUAUCAUCACGUUCCAGAGGACGAUUGCCGAAGCGGAUGUGCCUUCCACUGCAAUUUUUCCGGACGCCAAACAAUACUAUGACCACCUCUUGAACCAAAUGCCUGUCACCUUUGCGCCGAUUAGAGAUACUGAGGCCGAGGAGUUCACCUUGACACUGAGCAGGAGGAUGACCUACGACCAAUUCUCCAAGAAGGUCGGGGAACGUCUGAACGUGGAUCCUACCCAUCUGCGGUUCGCUCCUGUUCUUGCGAGCACGGGCAAGCCCAAGGCUUUCAUUAAACGGAAUCCCAACCAGAACAGCCAGACGUUAGGCCAGAUCCUCUCGGGCCAGAUGUCGGGGUAUGGGUACAACCUGCAUCGGUCUGAUGCGUUAUACUAUGAAGUGCUAGAGAUGAGCCUGAGCGACUACGAGUCCAAGAUCUGCCUGAAAGUGACGUGGCUUCCGGAAGGUAUCACAAAGGAGCAAGUUGUCGAGGUCUUAGUUCCCCGAGACGGCACCGUCGCCGACAUCCUUUCUGGAUUGCAGAAGAAGGCAAACCUCGAUGAUGAGACGAUCCGGAACACGCGGAUCUACGAAGCUCACGGUGGCAAGAUCUAUAAGGAGUACGAGGCCGAGUCUAAGGUCGCCGGAAUCAACGAAUUCGUCACGCUAUACGCCACGCGGGUUCCCGAGGAAGAGGUCGAGAUUGCGGAGGGGGAGCGGCUGAUCAAUGCGUACAACUUCGACCGGGAACCAAGCAGACCGCAUGGGGUACCGUUCAAGUUUGUGGUCAAGUCGGGUGAGGUGUUUAGCAAAACCAAAGAACGCCUGUCGAAGCGGACUGGGAUCAAGGGCAAGCAGUUUGAGAAGAUCAAGUUCGCUGUUGUCCCCCGGACUCUGUACUCCAACCCGCGUUAUCUCGAAGAUGAUGAUAUACUUUCUGACAUUGUCGGCGAUUCGGACGACCUCCUUGGUCUUGACCAUGUAAAUAAAAGCCGGAGCUUCUGGAACCGGAGCGAGUCCUUCUUCAUUCGAUAGAGGCAGAAUGUACCAUGUUUGCAGCUUUCCCGGCCAGUCCGUUGUUCUGCGAAGGGCAGAGAACAUACCGUCCGCCUAUUUUCCAAUCUCGUUUGCGGAGAGGAGACCUUAUGCUUGAACGAAUUCUGGACCUGCUGCCGCGUUGUCUCAUGACCUUCUCCUUUUCUCCUUUUCUUUUUUAUUUCUUCUUCUUCUCCCCCCCUUUUUUCUUUUUUCUUUGUCUUUCAUUUUGUUCCUUGAUUUCUUUCUUCCUUUUUUGCCUUUCCUUUCGUCUCUGUAGAUGGGGCAGGUCUCACGCUGUUAUGUUGGUUUGCGCAAAGAUGCGCCUUAUGGUCAUUCCCCGUUAUCUCAUAUUUUCCCUGCUACUUCUCCUGAUAUGACCCAUGACAUUUAUAUAUAAAAUAGUUAUCAGCAAGAUAAGAUGAGUAACGCGGAAAAAGAUUUAAAC